AUGGAUGUGUUGGGUUUACGGCGAUUGUCUGCGAGCAGUUGCACUUUAUCUAUUGACGAGACCAAAACGAUGACCAAACGCCAGGCUGUGAAGCGGCACCAUCACAAACACAACCUGAAGCACAGAUACGAGUUCAUGGAAACUCUCGGCAAAGGAACCUACGGGAAAGUUAAGAAAGCCCAGGAGCGCUCGGGAAGACUGGUUGCUAUAAAAUCCAUCAGAAAAGAAAAAAUCAAAGAUGAGCAAGAUCUUGUGCACAUCCGUCGAGAAAUCGAGAUAAUGUCAUCUCUGUGUCAUCCGCAUAUAAUCACCAUUUAUGAAGUCUUUGAAAACAAGGACAAAAUUGUGAUCGUGAUGGAGUAUGCCAGUCGAGGAGACCUUUACGACUACAUCUGUGACAAAAGAAACCUCUCAGAACGUGAGGCCAGACACUUCUUCAGGCAGAUAGUGUCGGCUGUCCACUACUGUCAUCAGAAUGGGGUUGUUCACCGGGACCUGAAACUAGAGAAUAUUUUACUUGACAGCAACGGCAAUGUCAAGAUUGCAGAUUUUGGCCUUUCAAACUUGUUCCACUGCGAUGAGUAUCUACAGACUUUCUGUGGGAGCCCCCUUUAUGCUUCUCCUGAAAUCGUGAAUGGACGUCCAUACAGAGGGCCUGAGGUUGACACCUGGUCUCUGGGGGUGCUGCUGUACACUCUGGUCCAUGGUUCCAUGCCUUUUGAUGGAUGCAAUCACAAAACACUGGUUCAGCAGAUCAGCUCUGGAAACUAUCGAAACCCAAAGAAACCAUCUGAUGCCUGCGGACUGAUUCGCUGGAUGUUGAUGGUAAAUCCUGAGCGCAGAGCGACCAUAGAGGAGAUUGCCGGGCAUUGGUGGCUCAACUGGGGCUAUCAGCAACCGUUACUUUCAGAGACAAAGCUCUGUCCAUUGGAGCAGAGCCCAGCGUCCCCCACCAAAGCCCACACAAAUGGUCUAACCAGUGUUGCAAACUGGCUCAGGCGAACAUCCCGCCCUCUGCUGGAGAAUGGGUCUAAGGUGAGGUGUCUGCUGCGCUCACAGGGAGCAGGUGACGUGAUAAGACAACGCUCCAUAAGGAGGUCGCGUAAAGAAAGUAACGUAUCUCAAAACCAUCAUGAAGGCGGUUCAGAGGGCCGGCCCUUCAAGAGCAUCCUGAAGAGGAGAAACAGUGUUAAACAGAAGAGUGUGAGUGAGACCCCACUGGGGAUGUCUGUGGAGACCCGAGCAGUGAGUCUAGCUGCGAGCGAAGUCCCUUCAGUCGUUCGUAAAGGUAUUUUGAAGAAGCCCACAGAGCAGGAGUCUGGCUACUACUCUUCCUCACCCGAAAACAGUGACUCUAGUCUGGUGCCCCCGGCUCAGGGCUGCCCCUCGGAACCCCCUCACAGAAAAGGCAUACUAAAGCACAAUGGUAAAUACUCCUCUGGUGGACUGUCGGAGUUUGGGUCACUCGACCAGUUGGCGGCUAAUUUGCCGCGGGGCGCGUCCCACCUUAAACCCAGUGGAGCUAUCAGUGAGGACAGUAUUUUGUCUUCAGAAUCCUUUGAUCAGCUGGAUCUUCCAGACCGCAUGGGCCCCUCUGCUCCACUGGACAAACCAGUUAAGAGCACAAUGCGAGGCUGUGUGUCUGCAGACAACCUGCUGGACAUCCAUGAGCGACGGGGGCUGGCUGAGGGCUUACAAAGACCCUGGACCUGCUAUGAGACCGGAGCAGCUGACAGUGCCUUCUCCCUCACAGACUGUGACAAUGUGACUGAGGCCUACAAACAGGCCAUGGUCCUGCGCUGCACAGCCACAGGACAAUGA